AUGACAGAAGAUCAUCCAGAUCCAGAAUAUCCAACCCUACAAUUUCCUCCUUCACCACAAAAAAAAAGUGCACACAAACAAUUUGAAAAAUUUAUUAAAGUUCUUAAAGAUGUAAAAAUAACCACACCAAUCCGAUGCCACUUAUCGGAUCUCGCAAAAGCACAAACACCAAAUGAAGCCAGAGAAAUAGUUCGAGACAUAUUUCUUGACGAUUCAAUGUCUCGCUUGGAACAAUAUACGUUGAUUAGUAAUCUGUCAAGACUUCGAUUAUCAUCAAUAGGGAGGGAGGCAUGGGCCAAUAAAGUCAACCAAUAUGUUGAUAAAUAUCCGGAAUUUAAAACUUACAGUACUGACGAUUUUCUGUGCUGGAUUCCGGACGAUAUCAAUACUCUCGAAAAUAUUCUCCAAUAUUUAGAGAAUGCAAAGAACAGAAUAAUUUACGAAUAUACUGAUCAGGACUCAUAUUCCAAAUUAAUCGAAGAUUUGUUUCCAAACUGUUCAAAACGUCCUUUUGAUGAUGAAUCACUUGAGCUAUUCCUUGACGGACUCAUUGAUGCGUGUUAUGACGAACAUUUUCCUAAUAAUAAUGAGUCUCUUGGAUUUAAUAGGUACUGGACUGAAGAUCGUUCUCUUCAUCAGACUUUGGCGGAUGAAGUUGUUCGAAAAGUUCCCCGUGAGAGAGAAGGAAUAGGAUAUAGAUGGGCGGGUGGAGUAAACGUAAAUGGUGAAUUUGUCUUGGCAAAAAAUAAAUAUAAUUAA